CCGCCGACACCAUAGCGACGCUUCCGCCUCCGGUGGCGGCCAUGGAGGAGGCCCGGCGGAGCGCACUGCGGCGGGGUCGGCUGCGGCUGGUGGAGGGACUGCGGCCUGACGUGCUAUGGGGGCCUCUGCGGGAACGAGGGGUGUUCACCAGCGCGAUGGUGGAGGACAUGCAGAGCGCCGGCACCCGAAGGGAACAAGCACGACAGCUGGUCAUUGACCUGGAGAGCCGUGGGAAGCAGGCCUUCCCUAUAUUCCUCUCCAUCCUGAGGGACACCGGGCACGGUGACCUGGCUGACAUGCUGGAUGAGGGGUGCGGAAGCCCCAUGUCCCCACCUGUGGAUCUGAGGCCUGUGCAGCUGGAGCUGCCUGGAGAAAGGCGUGACAAAAGUGUGAGAACUACGGAAUACUUGUCCAUCCCAGUCCAAGCUGAGAGUGAGAGAUUUCGGAUGCCUCCAGCACCAGCCCAGGGUUCAGCUGUUGACAAGAGCGACCACAGACUGGUGUACCAGCUGCGAGCAGACCCUUGUGGGCACUGCCUGAUCUUCAACAACGUCAGCUUCAGCCCAGACUCCAAUCUGUCACCUCGGGCUGGCUCUGACAUAGACUGUGAGAAGCUGGAGAAGCGUUUCAGGUCCUUGUGCUUCAAUGUCCAGACCCUGAGGAACCUCAAAGCUCAGGAAAUUGAUCUGGAGCUGCGGAAGCUGGCACGGCUCGACCACAGUGCCCUGGACUGCUGCCUUGUGGUCAUCCUCUCCCAUGGCUGCCAGACAAGCCAUAUUCAGUUUCCUGGAGGGAUUUAUGGAACAGAUGGCAAAACCAUUCCAAUUGAAAAGAUUGUGAACUAUUUCAAUGGGUCCCAGUGCCCGAGUUUGAGAGGAAAACCCAAACUCUUCUUCAUCCAGGCCUGUGGAGGAGAACAAAAGGACCAAGGAUUCGAGGUGGAUUUUGAAUCACCCCGAGAUGAAACCUGCCAAGGUUCCAUAGAGUCGGAUGCGAUUCCUUUCCAGGCUCCAUCAGGGAGUGUGGAUGAGCUGGAUGCUGUCGCCAGUUUGCCCACUCCUGGUGACAUCUUGGUGUCCUACUCAACUUUUCCAGGUUUUGUGUCCUGGAGGGACAGGGUGAGUGGCUCAUGGUAUGUGGAAACCCUGGACAGCGUGCUGGAAUGUUAUGCCAGUUCUGAAGACCUGCUAACCAUGUUAGUUCGGGUAUCAGACAUCGUGUCCACCAAGGGGAAGUACAAGCAGAUCCCGGGCUGUUUCAACUUCCUACGUAAGAAGUUCUUCUUCCUGUGCAAAUGAUGCUGGGGGUGUCGAGGUCCCCAUCAACGUGAGGAUUGUUUCCCUGUGGCUGGAUGGAAGCUGUCCCUGCUGUGACUUGAACCAGCUGCUCCUGGUGGCUGUGGAGGGGUCUGUCCUGAGAAAUGCAAGCUGUGAGUGCUGUCACUGGGCUGAAGUAGCCAUAAGAUGAGGACUGGCCUUGUCCCAACCUGCAGGGACAAUCUAUUGUAGGGAACAUGCUUUAGCAGGUGGGUUGGGCUUGAUGCUCUCCAGAGGUGCCUGACCAACCCCUAUGAUUCUGUCCCAGUGAUAGGAAAGGGGAAGGGAUGUGUGUUGGAAUCCCCAUUGCCAGAGUGUGCCGGCCCAGUGAUCCCAUUGUGGAGUGAGGGCCUCCCGCUGUGCUGUGGCUUUGCUCUCCUUCCUGGUGCGACUGCAGCGGAUUGGAGGAGUCAGUGGAAUUAAUUGAUGGAAUUAAUUGAUGGAAUCAAUGGAAAUAGCUGAUUUGUGCAACAAGAGAUUUUUCUGUUUGAUUGAAACAAAAAUCAAAAGGAAAAAACCAAAUUCAAACCCUUUUGUUUUGUACUCAGUCUUCUGUUCUCUCUCGUGUCCUUUUUCAGUAUAUACAUAUUGUUAGCUCUAAAACAGCCUUGUUGCAUUGUCACUAUGACCUUCAUGUAUGCAGUACCCCAUAUAUAGAGCUAUAGAAUAUAGAUGGAAAACACCUUUGGGCAUUCAAACUAGAAAGUUAGGACACGUUUUAAUGUUUAUUGGCUGUAGAUGUGGCACUGAGGGACGUGGAGGGGGUGGGUUAGGGUUGGGCUUGGUAAUCUAGGAAGGACAUCCCAGGUUCUGUACAGUUAUUCAGCACUUUGGCUGCUAGCUGGUUUCCCUUUGGAAGGUGUUAUUUGUGAGUUAGUCAGUGAAUGAUGUUUAUGCAACUGCUGUUUUUCUAAUACGCGGAGCAGUAAAUGUUUCUGUCAGUCUUGUCAAUA